AUGGUGGAGGCGGCGCCCCCCGGGCCCGGGCCGCUGCGGAGGACCUUCCUGGUGCCCGAGAUCAAGUCGCUGGACCAGUACGAUUUCUCGCGGGCCAAGGCGGCGGCGAGCCUGGCGUGGGUGCUGCGGGCCGCGUUCGGGGGCGCAGAGCACGUGCCCCCGGAGCUGUGGGAGCCCUUCUACACUGACCAGUACGCGCAGGAGCACGUGAAGCCCCCCGUGACGCGGCUGCUGCUCUCGGCCGAGCUCUACUGCCGGGCCUGGAGGCAGGCGCUGCCGCAGCUCGAGACGCCCCCCAGCCCCUCGGCGCUGCUGGCCCUGCUGGCACGAAGGGGCACGGUGCCCGCGCUGCCAGAGCGCCCCGUGCGGGAGGCGGACCUGAGGCACCAGCCCAUUCUUAUGGGCGCCCACUUGGCCGUCAUCGAUGCCCUCAUGGUGGCCUUUGCCUUUGAGUGGACAAAGACGCUGCCGGGGCCCUUGGCCGUGACCAGCUUGGAGCACAAGCUGCUUUUCUGGGUGGACACGACCGUGCGGCGGCUGCAGGAGAAGACGGAGCAGGAGGCGGCACAGCGGGCAUCGCCCGCAGCCCCCGCUGACGGCGCGGCCCCGGCGCAGCCCUCGUGCCCCACGCGCUGGUACUGGAAGCUGGUUCCUCACGCAAUUGCCUUCUGUUUGAAGGAGUCGGGGAACAAACCCCCCAUGAUCCGGUACCGCAAGGACCGUGCCAUGGCCCGCCGCGCCCCCUGCUUCCCCACCGUCACCAGCCUCCAGGACCUUGCCAGCGGGGCUGCGCUGGCCGCCACGAUCCACUGCUACUGUCCCCAGCUGUUACGACUUGAGGAGGUGUGCCUCAAGGACCCCAUGUCGGUGGCCGACAGCCUGUACAACCUCCAGCUGGUGCAAGACUUCUGUGCCUCCCGCCUCCCUCGGGGCUGCCCCCUGGCCCUCGAAGACCUGCUGUACGUACCUCCGCCUCUCAAGGUCAACCUGGUGGUGCUGCUGGCCGAGAUGUUCAUGUGCUUCGAGGUGCUCAAGCCUGACUUCGUACAGGCCAAGGACCUGCCCGACGGCCACGCUGCCUCCCCCCGGGGCACCGAGGCCUCCCCCCCUCAGAACACCAGUGGUGGCAGUUCUCCCGUCUUCAACUUCCGCCACCCGCUCCUGUCACCCGGUGGCCCCCAGUCUCCACUCCGAGGAUCCACAGGCUCCCUGAAGUCCUCCCCGUCCAUGUCCCACAUGGAGGCCCUCGGCAAAGCCUGGAACCGCCAGCUCAGCCGUCCCCUCUCCCAGGCCGUGUCAUUCAGCACCCCCUUUGGCCUGGACAGCGACGUGGAUGUCGUCAUGGGAGACCCCGUCCUACUGCGCUCCGUCAGCUCAGACAGUCUGGGGCCCCCUCGUCCGGCGCCGGCCCGGACCCCCGGCCAGUCGACCCCAGAGCCCGGCGACCUGCCCACCAUCGAGGAAGCCCUGCAGAUCAUCCACAGUGCCGAGCCCCGGCUGCUCCCGGAUGGGGCUGCUGACGGCAGCUUCUACCUGCACUCGCCCGAGGGUCCAGCCAAGCCCCCGCUGUCCUCCUCGUACCCGCCCGACGGGCCCAGCAAACCUCCCAUCUACGUGCCCCACCCCGAGACGCCCUCGAAACCACCCCCCUGCCUGGCAGGGGAGCUCUCGAAACCGCCAGCCCCAUCCGAGGGGUCGCCGAAGGCAGCAGCCUCGUCCCCGGCGGCCACCAACUCCGAAGUGAAGAUGACCAGCUUUGCCGAACGCAAGAAACAGCUGGUGAAGGCCGAGGCGGAGGCCGGAGCGGGGUCCCCCACACCCGCUCCCGCCGCGCCCGAGGCCCUGAGCUCCGAGAUGAGCGAGCUGGGAGCCCGGCUGGAGGAGAAGCGCAGGGCCAUUGAGGCCCAGAAGCGCCGGAUCGAGGCCAUCUUCGCCAAGCACCGCCAGCGACUCGGGAAAAGCGCCUUCUUGCAGGUGCAGCCCCGGGAGGCUGCAGGGGAGGCGGAGGCGGAGGCGGAGGCGGAGCCGAGCUCGGCCCCUGGCGGCGAGCGGCCAGCAGGCGAGGGCCAGGGUGAGCCGUCCUCGCGGCCCAAGUCAGUGACCUUCUCGCCGGAGCUGGGCCCGGUGCCCCCCGAGGGGCUGGGGGACUACAACCGAGCGGUGAGCAAGCUGAGCGCCGCUCUGAGCUCGCUGCAGCGGGACAUGCAGAGGCUCACGGACCAGCAGCAGCGGCUCCUGGCCCCGCCCGAGGCCCCCGUGCCUGCCCCGGCACCUGCUGCCUGGGUCAUCCCUGGCCCCACCACUGGGCCCAAAGCUGCAUCCCCCAGCCCUGCCCGGCGAGCCCCGGCUGCCCGGCGCAGCCCCGGGCCAGGCCCCAGCCCAGCGCCCCGCAGCCCGAAGCACACCCGGCCGGCUGAGCUGCGGCUCGCGCCCCUGACCAGGGUGCUCACGCCGCCGCACGACGUCGACAGCCUCCCCCACCUGCGCAAGUUCUCACCGAGCCAGGUGCCCGUGCAGACGCGCUCCUCCAUCCUCCUGGCCGAGGGGUCGCCUCCCGAGGGGCCUGCGGCCCGGCCUGGCCUCAUCGAGAUCCCCCUGGGCAGCCUGGGAGAACCCGCCGCCGAGGAGGAGGGGGACGGGAGCCCCCCCGGAGCUGAGGACUCCUUGGAAGAAGAGGCGUCCUCCGAGGGCGAGCCCCGGGCAGGGCUCGGAUUUUUCUAUAAGGAUGAAGACAAGCCCGAGGACGAGAUGGCCCAGAAGCGGGCCAGCCUGCUGGAGCGGCAGCAGCGGCGGGCCGAGGAGGCCAAGCGGCGCAAGCAGUGGCAGGAGGCCGAGAAGGAGCAGCGGAGGGAGGAGGCUGCCAGGCUGGCCCAGGAGGAGUCUCCUAGCCCGGCCCCCGCUGCCCCCGCACCUGCUGCGGCCCCAGCAGUAGCAGCAACCCCGGCCCCCGCCCCCCGGGCUCCUGCCGAAGAGGAGGUGGGUCCCCGGCGGGGGGACUUCACACGGCUGGAGUACGAACGCCGGGCCCAGCUGAAGCUGAUGGACGACCUCGACAAGGUGCUGCGGCCCCGGGCCGCGGGGAGCGGGGGGCCGGGCCGGGGCGGGCGGAGGGCCCCCCGGCCACGCUCCGGUUGCUGUGAUGACUCGGCUUUGGCGAGAAGCCCAGCCCGCGGCCUGCUGGGUUCGCGGCUCAGCAAAGUCUACUCCCAGUCCACCCUGUCCCUGUCCACUGUGGCCAACGAGGCCUCCAACAACCUCGGUGUGAAGAGGCCAUCUCGGGCCCCGUCGCCGUCCGGCCUCAUGUCCCCCAGCCGUCUGCCCGGCAGCCGGGAUCGGGACUGGGAGAAUGGCAGCAACGCAUCCUCGCCCGCCUCGGUGCCCGAGUACACAGGUCCUCGGCUGUACAAGGAGCCCAGCGCCAAGUCCAACAAGUUUAUCAUCCACAACGCCCUGUCGCACUGCUGCCUGGCGGGGAAGGUGAACGAGCCGCAGAAAAACCGCAUUCUCGAGGAAAUUGAAAAGAGCAAAGCCAACCACUUCCUCAUCCUCUUCCGCGACUCGAGCUGCCAGUUCCGAGCCCUGUACACGCUGUCCGGGGAGACGGAGGAGCUGUCGCGGCUGGCGGGCUACGGCCCCCGCACCGUCACGCCCGCCAUGGUCGAGGGCAUCUACAAGUACAACUCAGACCGCAAGCGCUUCACCCAGAUCCCCGCCAAGACCAUGUCCAUGAGCGUGGACGCCUUCACCAUCCAGGGCCACCUGUGGCAGAGCAAGAAGCCCACCACGCCCAAGAAGGGCGGUGGCACGCCCAAGUAGCCCCGCCUCCCGGAGGACAGCCCGGCUGUUCCUGGGUCCUGUCUGGCCCCGGCCUUGUCCGGGUGGGGCUGGAGCCCCCACCCCUUACUGAGUCUGGUCCUGCUGUGGGGGCUGAGCUGGGAGGUUCAGGGACUCAGGGCUCAGCUCGGUCCCCUUGUCUGUCCCCGCCCCCUUCUUGAAUAAAAUAAUUUA